CCCGGGAGCGUCUGAAGAGGCGCGGGCCGCCGCACCGGCCGGAGUCCCCCGAACAGGCCGCGGGUCCCGACUCCGACGCCUGAUGUCCUCAAGAUGGAGGCCACGGGGGCGGUGGCGUGAAGAGAGCGGGGCUGCGGAAGAGGGGGCCCGGGUGGCGGCGGCGGCGGCGGCGGCGGCGGCGGCGGGAUGGGGCUGCUGCUCAUGAUCCUGGCGUCGGCCGUGCUGGGCUCCUUCCUCACGCUGCUCGCCCAGUUUCUGCUGCUGUACCGCAGGCAGCCGGAGCCGCCGGCGGACGAGGCGGCCCGUGCGGGCGACGGCUUCCGCUACAUCAAGCCGGUGCCGGGCCUGUCCCUGAGGGAGUACCUCUAUGGCGGCGGCGGCGGCGGGGGCACCGAGGAGCCCGCCGGGGGCUCCCCCGAGGGCGGCGCGACCCCGGCCCCGGCCGCCGACCCCCCCUCCCCACCGACGCGGGAGACCUGCUACUUCCUCAACGCCACCAUCCUGUUCCUGUUCCGGGAGCUGCGGGACACGGCGCUGGCCCGCCGCUGGGUCACCAAGAAGAUCAAGGUGGAGUUCGAGGAGCUGCUGCAGACCAAGACGGCGGGGCGCCUGCUGGAGGGGCUGAGCCUGCGGGACGUGUUCCUGGGCGAGGCGGUGCCCUUCAUCAAGACCAUCCGGCUGGUGCGGCCCGUCGCGGCCUCGGCCGCCGGAGACCCCGACGGCCCCGAGGGGGAGGCGCUGCCCGCCACCUGCCCGGAGGAGCUGGCCUUCGAGGCGGAGGUGGAGUACAACGGGGGCUUCCACUUGGCCAUCGACGUGGACCUGGUCUUCGGAAAGUCGGCUUACCUGUUCGUCAAGCUGUCCCGAGUGGUGGGGCGGCUGCGCUUCGUCUUCACCCGCGUGCCCUUCACCCACUGGUUCUUCUCCUUCGUCGAGGACCCGCUGAUCGACUUCGAGGUGCGCUCGCAGUUCGAAGGGCGCCCCAUGCCCCAGCUCACCUCCAUCAUUGUCAACCAGCUCAAGAAGAUCAUCAAGCGCAAGCACACCUUGCCCAGCUACAAGAUCCGGUUUAAGCCGUUUUUUCCAUACCAAACCUUGCAAGGAUUUGAAGAAGAUGAAGAGCAUAUCCAUAUACAACAAUGGGCACUUACAGAAGGCCGUCUUAAAGUUACAUUGUUAGAAUGUAGCAGGUUACUCAUUUUUGGAUCCUAUGACAGAGAAGCAAAUGUUCAUUGCACACUUGAGCUAAGCAGUGGUGUUUGGGAAGAAAAGCAAAGGAGUUCUAUUAAGACGGUUGAAUUGAUAAAAGGGAAUUUACAAAGUGUUGGACUUACACUUCGUCUUGUUCAGUCAACUGAUGGGUAUGGUGGACAUGUCAUAAUUGAAACUGUGGCCCCAAACUCACCUGCUGCAAUUGCAGAUCUUCAGCGUGGAGAUCGACUCAUUGCCAUUGGAGGGGUGAAAAUUACAUCAACACUGCAAGUGUUGAAGCUUAUCAAGCAGGCUGGUGACCGAGUCCUGGUAUACUAUGAAAGGCCUGUUGGUCAGAGUCAUCAAAGCGCAAUGCUGCAGGAGAAUUUUGGCCAUUUGGAAGAAAGCUAUUUGCCAGGCGCAUGCCAACCAGGCUAUGAGGAGGAAGCUGCCGGGUUGGCAGUUGAUGCUGAAAACAGAGACUUGGAUUCUGAAUUUGAAGACUUGGCCAGUGAUGUUCGAGUACAAAAUGAAUUCAAGGAUGAGGCACAGUCUUUAAGUCACAGUCCCAAACGUAUUCCCACAACACUUUCUGUUAAACCACUUGGCGCUAUAUCACCAGUUUUAAACCGUAAAUUAGUUGCAGGAAGUCAUCCACCGCCACCAAAACUUCCAUCCAAAGAAGGAAGUAAACCAUCAGCCCUAAAACCUUCUGAGGUAACAGACUCAGCACAAGUGUCAAAACCCACCCAAGGACCUACUUUCAAACCUCCUGUGCCACCACGACCACAACUGAAAGUUCCUUUGCCUUCUGCAGACACCCCCACUCAGGCAGAUCCGGAUGUUGUUGAAAAGCCAGAAAAGGUGCUGCCACCUCCCCCUGCAGAUAAAUCUGCUGAAAAGCAAGCAAAGAGCAUGGAUCAUGUAGAAGAUGCACCUCCGUCUAAGCCAUUUUCAGCCAAGCAAGAAGUGACAAAAGACUUCACUUCAGAAAGUUCCUGCCCUACUAAAGACAGUUCAGAUGACCGCCAGACUUGGGAGUCAUCAGAAAUUCUCUAUCGUAACAAGGUAGGAAAAUGGACAAGAAGCAGAGCAUCCUGUUUGUUUGACAUAGAUGCCUGCCACAGAUACCUAAACAUCGCAUUGUGGUGCCGGGAUCCUUUCAAGUUGGGGGGUCUCAUCUGUUUGGGCCACAUUAGUUUAAAACUUGAAGAGGUAGCUUUGGGGUGCCUAGCUACAUCAAACAUGGAGUACCUUUCAAAAUUCAGGCUGGAAGCCCCUGCACCCAAGGCCAUGGUCACAAGAACUGCUCUCCGUAAUCUGAGUAUGCAGAAGGGCUUCAAUGAUAAAUUCUGCUUUGGUGACAUUACUGUUCACUUCAAAUAUUUGAAGGAAGGAGAACCAGACCACCAUGUAGUUACUAAUGUAGAGAAAGAGAAAGAAUUUCACGUGGUCGAAGAAGCUUCUGCCCUGCCUAAAGAGGAACACUUAGUUGGACAAACAGGCUCACCAGAAAAUAAACAUAGUUUCCAGGAUACUCAGUUCCAAAACCCAACCUGGUGUGAUUACUGUAAGAAAAAAGUUUGGACAAAAGCUGCUUCCCAAUGUAUGUUCUGUGCUUACGUUUGUCAUAAAAAAUGUCAAGAGAAGUGUCUAGCUGAGACUCCUCUGUGUGGAGCAACCGAGAGGAGAAUGGACCGGGCCCUGAAAAACCUUAGACUGGAAGGACAGGAACCCCUCCUGGGCCUGCCUCCCCGUGCUGAAACCGAACCUAACAAGUCAGUCAAUAAAACAACAGGUUUGACCAGGCACAUUAUCAAUACUAGCUCUCGUUUGCUAAAUUUGCGGCAAGUCUCUAAAACGCGCCUUGCAGAACCAGGAACUGAUCUUGUAGAUCCUUCACCAAAACAUACACCCAACACAUCAGACAACGAAGGCAGUGACACAGAAGUCUGUGGUCCCAACAGCCCUUCCAAACGGGGAAACAGUGCAGGAAUAAAGUUAGUGCGAAAGGAAGGUGGGCUGGAUGACAGUGUUUUCAUUGCAGUUAAAGAAAUUGGCCGUGAUCUGUACAGAGGCUUGCCCACAGAGGAGAGGAUCCAGAAGCUAGAGUUCAUGUUGGAUAAGCUGCAGAAUGAAAUUGAUCAGGAGUUGGAACACAAUAAUUCCCUCGUUAGAGAAGAAAAAGAGACAAGUGAUACCAGGAAAAAAUCACUUCUUUCUGCUGCUUUGGUUAAAUCAGGUGAAAGACUACAAGCUCUAACACUUCUAAUGAUUCACUACAGAGCAGGCAUUGAAGAUAUUGAAACCUUAGAAAGUCUGUCAUUAGACCAACACUCAAAAAAAAUAAGCAAGUACACAGAUGAAACAGAAGAAGAUCUUGAUAGUGAAAUAAGCCAACUGAUGGACUCUCAGCCAUUCAGCAACAUCUCCGAUGACUUAUUUGGCCCAUCCGAGUCUGUGUAACAGAUGGACUGUUUAAACUUUCAUAUGGUUGGGGACAAGGUACAUCUAUAGUACCACGAAUGCAACCAUGUUUCGAUCUUCUCACAGUGCUCUGGCUUGCUUUCUCAGUUAUUUGUUCCAGUAAGGACAAGGGUGUAAAAAGUUGUUUUCCAGCACAAAUGUGACCAGCUCACCAAAUUGUUUUGGGUUACAUUUAUAGCUAUGCUUUUUUGGGUUUAUACUGGGAAUUGGUUUUUACUAAUUUAUUUUUAACUUUUUCUAAUUAUGUAAUUAUGUAAGUUUAAUUCAUGUUUAUAUAUGUGUGAUAUCUCACUGUUAUUUUCCUUCUUAGUUUCUGAAUUCGUGUUAAAUAGAUUUUGUCCAACUUCUUGAAAUCCUUUGAUUUGCAUCACGGUUAUAUAACAACAAAUUUGCUGCAUGCCCAAAUUGACAACGGCAAUCACUGAGGGAACAGGUUUUAAUCUUCAUUUUUUGUUAGAAAGUUUGUCAGCUCCACUUGCUUGAGAUUUUUGUUGUUUUGGGCUUGGGGGUAACUUUGUUUUGUUUUGCCAAAUGUAACACAAAAGCAGAUGCUGCAGCUUUAUUAAUAUGUUAUGCUGAUUUAGUAAAAAAAAAAAAACAACUUUUUUUUUUACAUAUUGCUUGCUUUCUGUGCUGUGGAAGUUUUUUCUAAAGCUUUUGUGCAGGUGAAGUAUAGUAAAAGUAAAAUGGUACAAUGAAGAGCAAGAUGUAAUAGGGGAUAAAUAUAAUAGAGAGUUGGUGAGGAAUUCUGUAAACGCUUCCUGAAAAACAGUAAGAGUAGGAUUUUGAAAUGCUUUCAGUGUAUCAGUGCUUUCCCAAGCAUUUAGGCUGAUUUUUCAUCUUCAGGUUUCCCGUAGGAAAUAAAGCGUGUACAAGGAUUUUUAAAAUCUCAGAAGACUAUUCUUAAAAUGACUGUGUUGAUAACUGGGUUUAUUCUUUUCUAAUUUUCAUGUAGGAAUAUGAAGCAAAGGAGAAGAAUCAAGCAAAACCUAUUUAUUGCUUUAUCUGGUGUCUUAACAGGCUUUAAGGGAAUGAUGAUCAUUCUGAAUACUUUGGUAAUUCAGACUGUCUUAAUUAUUUAUAAAAAGGAAACUAAAAUAGUGUAUAUGGGAAUUGAUUUCUGAAAAUAAAGUCUGCUCUCACACUGGGUCUAUCUUAUGGGUCCCAGUAAUACACAACUGAGGGAAGAUGUGAGCACUUGACCUCUCUUGGUAUUCCUUAAAAGUCUGAGCCUGUUAUAUACCUAUAAAAUAGAUAAGUAUGUCAUGUUUUUUUCCCUUUUGCUGAUAACUGCUAAGAUAAAUUAUACAUAAACCAACAUGAAUUUUAAAGUAGGUGGAAUAGCUCUUAUGGUGGGCAGGAAAAUGCAUAGUGUAAUAGCAAGGCUGUCCAGGCUUAUACAGAGUGUAGUUCAAGCUCUUCCAAUAAUGAGCUGUGCAACUAUAGGCAAGUCUCAGGAGGGCUUGGUGUGGCUGUUUCCCCAUCUCUGAAGAGAGAAGAAUCAUACUUAAAUACUCUGAACUACCUCACAGGAUUGUUGUGAGGAAAAAACAUAACUGCAAAAGCACUUAGCAAGCUACACAAAUCAAAGCCAUCAUUUCUAUGAGAAAAACAUUUUUGAGGGUAGAAAAGUUUAUUCCAUUUUUAAACUCUAUAGCCAACUUUCAUUCCUAUUAUUUUACUAAGGGAAAUCUUAGGGCACUCAAUAUCUUUCUUAGGUUUAUAACGAUAGUAUAUUGAUGUAAGCUCUUUUUCACUGUUUAUUUAAGCAUGUUUGCCUUCUAAAAGAACACCCUCCUCAUAGAAGACUUUCAACACCAAACUCACCAAAAACUAAAAUGUAUGCCCCCAUAGCACAUGCUUGAAAUGAUCUGCCCAACAUAUAACCGUGUUUCAUCUUGUAAAAAGAUAAGUUGGAAGAUGAGUGUUGGUAAGUUGCUGGUGUUUACGGAUUAAACCACAGAUGUCUGAGUGAUACCUAAGCAUGCUUCUGAAACUGAUGUGUUUGAAAGAGCUAUAGAAAUAAUGCAGAACUUUGGUUUCCUAAGAAUCUAUUAAUGUUUUAAAGUAUUUAACUCUGCAGAAACACUGUUACGGGAAGCUCAGUAAUGCUGCUAAUGACAUUUGUAAAAUAUACUGUUAGUGUAGUACGAUAUUUUUCUACCUUCUGGGAGGACAGUAGCAGGCAUCACAGUUGUACUUUAGUGCAAGAGGGAACACUCAAAAUAGCCUAGAGUAUAGUAAGAUAUAAAGCUUCAUGCUAAAAAGUUGUAUUAUAUUACAUUACUGAUGUAAUCUUGCUGCCAUGCUAUGUUAUCAAUAGCUUAAAAUAAUAAUAAAGACUACCACAGGAAACAAGAAUAUCUUCAUUUGAUGACCUCUAAAAAACAAGGUGAUUGCUGCAUCUCUAUAAUAACCUUGCCUGGUAUAAUUUGGCCAUGCAGCCAAGAGAACAGUCAACUUUUGCUAAACAAAAUUGCAAAAGCAGUAAAGUUUAGUUGUUAACUUAUUAGCUUAUGAAAUAUAUAGAUUUGCUUCUGCUGUAUAGUAAUAUACUAUACAUAAGACCCUGUUUCAAAAACAAUCUAUUUAAAAUGUAUUUUCUUCAUUAGUAUUUAGAUGAAUGGGUUUGACAGAAAUGAGCACUAAGCAUUACUUUACAGUUGUUAUAUACUACAUCUCCAUAUUAGCCUCAUUCUUCAGUAUCACAACCAGCUGGAAUAUUAUGUGGCUAUUUUCUGAUUCUGAGAGGAGGGAGUACUACCUGAAUAUUUUGGCAGUACUUUCAGGUUCUAAAUUUAAGUAUAUCUACUUUAAGGCAGUUUGAAAAUAUUUCAUCCUUACUAAUAGUAAAAAAUAAAAUUGUAAGUUCCCUAAAAGUGAGUACAUUUAAUAUCACUUUAACUUUAAAAUAUGUUACCUUAAUUUCUAAACUGAGAUAAUAGUUUCCCUUACACAAGAAAGUGGAGGUUCCCUCAUCUUUUUAGUCCUGGAUGCCCUUUGAAUUAAAACUGGACCCUCAGUCCUAGAAGCUGUACAUAUACAUCCUAUUCCAGAACUUCCAAGGCUCCAAAGACCCUUGUCUUACACAGCAUUUGUCAAAUGACUAGGCAUUGUGGCUAUUUUUAUCAGACCAUGAUAUACAGUAGUAACAAAUAGAAAUUAGGAGAAACAAGGAAAAUACUCUUUCCACACAUAAUGUGACUGGUUGGAUAUUUCAUUUGAAAACAAAUUAUGGGAAGACAAAAGGUAUGGUUCACACUAACCUGCAGUGCCUUUUAUCCAACCAAUUCCUGCAAGCAAAAUAGUUUAAGAAACUAAUUAAUAUCCACAGUCAAAAUAAUACCUUACGAAUAUUAUUCCAAUAAGAAUAUUUGGUUUAUGAAAAAAUACAGGCAGACAUAGUGUAUUGGCCAUAAGAUUUAUUAAGUAAACUAGCUUAAACAUGAAUAGGACAGAUACACUUAGCAGUCAAAUGGAAGCUGGAUAGUCACUGCUACCUCAUGGUUUUUGUGUCUGUAUUAUCAAGUACAAGCAUAAAAAGCCACCUCU